UCGAUCUGUAAAACCCUAAAAAGCUUUAAUCGACGGAGGGGGCGGUUUCCAGGAUAAUUCAAGGUCUUAUGUGUUCAUCGCAAUGCAGUUUGGGCAAAUUCUUCUUCCUUUCCCUUCGCCUUGGAUCACUCGAUCGUCUCUUAUCCCUUGCGCGCGAGCCGCCUUCGUCCACCGAGAUCUUCUUGACGUCUUUUUCUUGGAUGCGUAAACCUGUUUUGUUGCGCUUGUCUCCCUCCAGAAGCCUCCAAUUUCUGAUCCCCAGACCUUCACCUUUGAUCUGAUCGGCCCAAUAUUAUAUUGUGUGAGGAGGAAGAAGAGGAGAGAGAGAGAGAGAGAGAGAGAGAGAGAGAGAGAGAUAGGAUGGUGGUGCGACCGGUGAUGAGGAGGAACGAGGUGAUGCGGGCGCACCUGGGGAUGGCGCUAGUGCAGAUGGCGUACGGCGGCUACCACGUGCUGACCAAGUCCGUGCUCAACGUUGGCAUGAACGAGGUGGUCUUCUGUGUCUAUCGCGACCUCGUCGCCAUCUCCAUCCUUGGUCCCUUCGCCUUCCUCCAACACCGCAGAAGUAUCCGCCUUCAACUGAAUCGGCGCCUCUUAACAUCAUUUUUCCUUCUUGGUUUUACUGGGAUAUUUGCAAACCAGCUUUUAUUUCUUCUUGGUCUAAGCUACACAAACCCAACUUAUGCAUCAGCUAUUCAGCCUGCAAUACCAGUCUUUACAUUCAUCUUGUCUGUAGUAUUGGGCAUUGAGACAAUAGACUUGGGUGCAAGUGAAGGUCGCAUGAAGGUUGUAGGGACACUUGUCUGUGUCUCUGGUGCAAUACUAAUGGUUCUUUACCAAGGUCCAGCUAUAGUUGGAUCCAUUGUUUAUGAUAUGUCUUAUCAUAAUGCAGUAGGCAUGAAGCCUCAGCCUGAACCAAUUGGGUGGUUAACAUCUGGUCCUCUUGGAUUUGGGCUUGAGAAGUGGCACAUCGGUGUCCUGUGCUUGAUAGGGAACUGCUUCUGCAUGGCUGCUUAUUUUGUUUUACAGGCUCCAGUGUUGAGAAAAUAUCCUGCCAGUUUGUCUUUGACAGCGUACUCUUACUUCUUUGGGGCUUUAUUGAUGGUAUUGGCUGGAAUAUUUAAUACCAGUGAUUAUACAGAAUGGAUGUUGACCCCACCGGAGAUAAUUGCUGUCUUAUAUGCUGGAAUUGUUGCAUCUGCUAUCAACUAUGGGAUAAUGACAUGGUCCAAUAAAAUUCUAGGACCUUCAAUGAUAUCCCUAUACAAUCCUCUUCAGCCGGCAUCAUCCACUUUAUUGUCAAUGAUUUUCCUUGGAAGCGCCAUUUAUCUUGGAAGCAUCGUCGGGGGGAUUUUGAUCAUUAUUGGCUUAUACUUGGUCACUUGGGCUCGCUACAAGGAGACGGAAUCAGAGUCUGGGUUCAUUUGUGGGCAUCAUGACUCUGCAUCUCUUGAAGAUAUAUCGCUUAUGAAGAAACAGGAUGCUUCUUCGAGCUUCUCUGCGAUUCCCUAGGCUAAGUGUUGCCUCAUGCACCGUGAUAAGUUUUCCCUUUUAGUUUACUGUGUUGUUUUUUUCCAGGUUAUUAAGAUAGAAAAAAAUCUAGAUGCAAGAGUUUUUUAUAUAUAUAAAAUAUAUGCUCGAGGCAAAAGAAAUUGUGGCUACUGUUCUUUUAUUGUUUACAUUUCCAUGAGAAAGAAAUACAAAUUAUCAUCAUCAUCAUCA